ACAGACUCCAUAACAAUGGCCGUCGCCGGCUCCGGAAGUACAGGAUCCUACGUGUCAGCGCUCCGGCUCCCCCCACCGCCCCUGUCUAUAUGGUUCCACAUGGUGUGGCGGUUCCCGCAGUUCCGCUCGCUGUCCCUGCUGCUCCUCCACCACCGCCGCCUCUCCGCCCGCGGCUUCUCAUCACUCUUGAUGCCUGAAGAUCCAAAGCGGCCCCGGCGGGACGAACGACUCAUGGCGCUGAAAAUCGGCACCCACGACGGGACCUUUCACUGCGACGAGGCGCUGGCGUGUUACCUGCUGCGGACGCUGGAGCCCUACAGGGAUGCAGAGAUUGUGAGGACACGGGACCCUCAACUUUUAGCCCAGUGUGAUGUUGUGGUUGAUGUGGGAGGAGAAUAUGAACCCUGUCGGAACCGUUAUGACCACCAUCAGAGAACUUUCUGUGAAACGAUGAACAGCUUAUAUCCUGACAAGCCGUGGGUCACUAAGCUGAGCAGCGCCGGGCUGGUGUACGCUCACUUCGGCACGCAGAUCUUAUCCACGCUUCUGGGUACUGAAGAGGACGACCCCAUUAUACCGGUGUUAUACGACAAGAUGUAUGAAAAUUUUGUUGAAGAAAUUGACGCCAUUGAUAAUGGGAUAUCACAGUUUGAUGGAGAGCAGCGGUACAACAUAACCACCAACUUGAGUUCCCGAGUGGGACACCUCAAUCCCCGCUGGAAUGAACCGGAUCAGGACACGGAAACUGGCUUUAAGAAGGCAAUGGAAUUGGUAGGGACGGAGUUUGUAUCACGUCUGGACUUUUAUCACCGAUCCUGGCUACCGGCUCGCUCGUUGGUGGAGGAAGCAAUCAGACAAAGAUUCCAGGUGUCAAACAGUGGAGAAGUGGUUGUCCUGGCCCAGGGUGGAUGUCCUUGGAAGGAGCAUCUCUUUCAGGUUGAGAAAGAACGAAGUCUGGAGACACAAAUUAAGUAUGUGAUCUACCCAGACCAGAGCGCAAAGUGGAGGGUACAGUGUGUCCCCACAGGUCCCAACACUUUUCAGAACCGGCUGUCGCUGCCAGAAGACUGGCGUGGACUUCGAGCAGACGACCUCUCCUCUGUCAGUGGGAUUCAGGGCUGUAUCUUUGUUCAUGCCAGUGGUUUCAUUGGUGGGAACGAAACGCAGGAAGGAGCUCUGGAGAUGGCACAGAAAGCACUGAAUUCCUAAAGUUGCCACUUUGUAUCUUUGUUAAAUGCUAGAGUUCAUCAUGUUUGGGUUUGUUACAGCAGAACAUAUCAGACAAAUUGUAUUUAUAGCAUGUGACAUCAGUAAAUAUUUUUGUAUUCCU